AUGGCACCCGCAGCAGCCAACUACUACUCUCAUCCGUCCACCACCGCCUCGCACCCGCAAAAGCAACGCGGAUACCGCGUAUGCGACACCUGCGGCGCGGUUGAGAAUCCCACUAUCCAAAAGUUCCGUCUUUGCGGUGGCUGCAUGACCACCCAGUACUGCUCCCCUGAAUGCCAAAAGUCGCACUGGCCCUCGCACAAGGUCAUCUGCCAGCACACCGCCGCUCAGAUGUCGGGCGCGAAGCAGCAGCCCGUAGGCGCCGCGUACCCAGAUGAGAACCUCGUCAAGUAUUUGCGCAAGUUUACCUCCACGCACUCGUCCCUCCUCGGCUGGGCUGGCUUCCAGGCGCUCCAGCUCAAGCGCAUGCCCUCCAACAUCCGGCAAAACUGCCUCCUCAUCGAGCUUGGCUACAACCCCCAUGCUGAGUCGCUCUUCCGAUUCACCGUCUCGCGGACACACAUCGUCCCCCGGUCAUACGUGACCGACAACGACCCGCUCGUGGGUGCCGACAUCGAACGACGGGAGGAGCGCUGCCGCCGUGCGGGCGGUAUCGGUACGCUCGUCGUCCUCGUCCAGUGUGGCGGCAUCAGCCAGGUUAUGCCCGUCGAGGUCGACCCGCCCGCCAAGAUCUCUUGGGACCAGCGCGAGGACUGGGCCGAGGUGCUCCAGCACUUCGUCGCGUCCGGCCGCACGGACUUCAAGCCCAUAUCGACCACUGCCAGGGGGUGA